AUGGAACUUCUCUCAGCACUUUUUCUUGUUAUUUUGACUUUCUUGGUGGUAACGGCAUUCUACCACAAACACCUCAUGGCAGAAAUCCCUCCUGGAUUUAUUCAGCGCAAAAAGCUGUGCUUUUAUCAUUAUUUACUGAAUUUUGGUUUUGUUCUGGCAAAAACUUCAGAAAAAUUAGGUCUUGCCUCAGAAAUCCAUGUCAUCAGGACUAUAAUGAACACAGUGCCACCAUUAAAAGAUAAGCAUCUUUUCAUCAAGGACGUAAGGUUUGAAAAGAUUAAAGUAAGAAUUUACCAGCCAAAAAUACCAACCACUGGCCAAAGAAGAGGAGUCCUUUAUUUUCAUGGAGGAGUUGGACAGUUUGGAAGCAUUCGGGCCUAUGAAAGAACAUGCUGCUAUUACGCCAGAAAAAGCGAUUCAGUGAUUGUGUCUGUUGGGUAUCGCUUAGCUCCUGAGUACCCAUAUCCAACACAGUUUGAGGACUGUCUUGCUGCCACAAUACAUUUUAUGAGGACUGCAGAAGAUUAUGGAGUAGACCCUACUCGUGUUAUCACCUGUGGAGACAGUAGUGGAGGUACGCUGGCUGCUGCUGUUGCCCAAGCAAUGGUGAACAGAAAAGACCUCCCAAAGCUGAGAGCACAAAUUCUGAUAUAUCCUUUUCUCCAGGCUGUGGAUUUUAAUUUGCCUUCUUAUCAGCAGAACAAGACAUUCCCUAUUUUGACAAGGGAACAAAUCCUUCUUUUAGGUUUGAAGUAUCUCAAUAAGGACGUAACACUUCUGAAUGUGCUCUUUGAAGGUGCCCAUAUUCCAGAAGAUUUCCAAUUAAAAUAUCAGAAAUGGCUGAGUCCUGACAACAUCCCUGAGGAGUUUAAACCAAGAGGCUACAAACCAGGAAAAAUAAUACAUCCAUUAUCAGACGAACUCCAUGCACUAACCAUGCCUACUUUUGACCCAGUUUUUUCACCACUAAUAGCUGAAGAUACUGUUAUCGCUCAGCUUCCUGAGGCUUUCAUUUUGACCUGUGAAUUUGAUGUGCUUAGAGAUGAUGGACUGCUGUACAAGAAACGAUUAGAGGAUCAUGGUAUAAGAGUGACCUGGUGUCAUCUGGAACAGGGAUUCCAUGGCAUAGUAUUCCUAGCUCCUCUUGGUAGGAUAGUAUCAUUUCAGUCUGGAAAUAAAGGCAUAAAACAGAUAAUAGAUUUUCUAAAAUCGAUAUAA